CCGCUUUACCCGGAAGUUAUGAUUAUGCUUUCCUGCGGUGCGAAAUUAAUGCAAAAGUGGUAAUUUAUUAAUUGUUUGGACUUUAUAAAAGUGAAGAAUGGCGUGGAAACGCAGUGGUUUGGGCCCCCGUCUUCCUCCGGCCUCCUUACAUCUCCUCGUCCCGCCAGUGAGACUCAUGUCUGCUUUCUUGUGGCAAGUAGUAGAGACGCACAGUGUGGUGCAGUAUGGCAAGCUGGCAGACUUCAUCAGUUUGGCGGCAGAGAUCGUCCCAGAGCUUCUGAGUCUCAGUCAGAGAGCUGAGGUCAUCCUGGGCCUGAGAGCGAGGCUGGUUCUGGAGUUAUGUCGUGGUGACGGUGUCGCCAAUCUGCAGACCAUCCAGACCCAGCUGGAUAAGAUCCACACCUGCAGCGCCGAACUGAGCUCCACUAAUCAGAUGGCCAACAGUGAUAUAUUGAAGACCUCUUACACCAACUUUGCCAGCCUUGUUCAGAACCUUUUGAAUGUUCCUUCUGAAAAGGAGAUCUUCUUUCAAGAGGUUUUUCCUGCAAACUACGGCUCCAGCUAUGACGAAAGACUGCAGCAGCUGGUGUCUGAGUUCCUGUCCAGGUUUGAGCAGCUGCUGCCUGAACCAGACCUGCAACAGACAGCAGCAUGGCUCACUGAAACGACAUCUGUGUCGGAACAAUUUGGACUGCAUCUGUCUAAACCCUUUGCUCUGCAGACUCUGCUGCUUCAUCACAGACAGUUGGGGACUCUAAGCUCCGCUCCUUCCAGCAGCAAGGAUGAAAUCCUUUUGUCCACUCUGGCUCUGCCCGCUCAAACUGGAGUGGAGAGGCUACCUGAGACUUACAGUGAGGAUGAUGAUUAUGACAAUGAAGAAGAGAUCCUGGCAUUGGAAGAUUUAGACGAAGACUCGAGUCAAAGCUCAGACGAAACUGCAGAUGAUUGGUUACCAAAAAAGGAAUCAGGUCCUAUGUCGCGUUUAUUCAUCUGCCCUCAGUGUACAUUCGCUCAUCGCCUAAAGAGAACGGUCCAAGAGCACAUCCAGAGUGAGCACCACAUAAGAGCUCCCAUUCAGAAAAAACUGUCCAUGAAGAAAGCCAGAGCAAAGACUCAGCAGAAAAGUAAAGACUUGAAUGGCGAAAAGAAGAAAGUAGAAGGCAACUCUGAGAAAAAGAGGAAACCCAAACAAGACGGUGUUGAGAAAAUGCGGGAAUGUAAGCAGAAGAAGGACAACUUAGAAAACAAGGUACGACGUAGGCGUAAAGAGCCCACAGGGGAAGACAAAAGGUUUCUGAGCAUGCGACCUGUCAACAAAAACUUCACAGAGGAAGAAACCAAAUGUCUGAAGUGUGAAAAGGUUUUUGAACUUCCAAAUCAGCUUAAGGCUCACAUGAAGCUCCAUGUCUUCCCGUACUGCUGCAUCCAAUGUGAGAAGGGAUUCACCAGCCCGUCAGGUUAUUAUCAGCACCAGAGACUCCAUAAGAGAGGACGGAUAUUCACCUGCAGCCAGUGCAACAAGGGAUUUCUGUGCAACUAUUCGCUCAAGCAACACGAACGCCUGCAUGAAGGCCCGUCCAGCCUGUGUACGAUCUGCGGGAAAAGCUUCAGCAAAUCAGGAAUUACAAGACACAUGCAGAUGCACAAAGGCGAGAAGAAUUACUUGUGCACCACAUGCGGAAAGUCGUUUUUGUCCUCCGGGGAGCUGCUGCUGCACAAUCGGAUCCACACGGGCGAGAUGCCGUACACCUGCACACACUGCGGAAAGGGUUUCUCCUGCAAGAGUCACCUGAUCGUCCACACGCGCUCUCAUACAGGGGAGCGUCCGUACCUGUGCUCCGAGUGCCCGAAGCGUUUCCUCACACUGAACUGCCUGAAGAGACACACACUCAGCCACAACGGGGUGAAACCGUUUAAGUGUCCAAACUGUGAGAGAGAAUUCUCGCAGCAGGGGAAUCUGAAAAGACACCUGGCAACUCAUAAACACGUAAUGUGCAGUCACUAGAAAACAGAAUGUAGUCAUGAAUAAUACCUUGUAAACUUCUUGUUUACCUGUGUAAACCCAAAAUUAGCUUUCAUUCAUUCAUUCGUGUUCACAAAACACUUAAGGUUGAGUUUUUUUGUGUAAUCAAUAGCAACAGUUUGAUUUCUCUCAAAUUUUGGUUGCAACUUCAUUAAAAUCCAGGUUAGUGAACACUUGUCUUUUCCCAAUCCAUCCACCUGACAGGUGUGGCAAAUCAAGAUGCUGAUUAAACUGAUUACUACACAGGUGUGCCUUGGGAUGGUCACAAUGAAAGGACUCCUAAAAUGUGCUGUUUUUGUCUUGAUAAAGACUUCAAUUAGGAUUUUACAUGGCUAGCACAAAUGCAUUUUUGGUGAUAAAUACAUCAAAGAAUCAGUGUCUGGUGUGACCCCCAUUUGCCUCAUACAGUGUGACACAUCUCCUUUAUACAGAGUUGAUCAGGUUGUUGAUUGCAGUCUGGAGAGUGUUGGCCCACUCCUCCUUAUUGGCUGUGUAAAGCUGCUGGAUAUUGGCAUGCAAGAGCUGGGAUGCCAGGUUCCAGUAAUUCUGGUUAUGUCCUUUUAAUCAGCUGUCCUGGUGACUGGUCUCAGACGAUUUACUGGUAGAGAAGGUGGAUGUCGGGGAUCUUAACUGGUGUGUCUAAAAGUGUUCUGUGAUUGUGAGAGUGGUUACAUGUACUACCAGAUUCACAGAAACAACAUUACAGACAGCUUACAGUAGUGAAAUGAACAUUCAGUUACCAGGCAGCAGCUAUGGUGGACAUUCCUGCAGUCAGCAUGCCAACAGCACGCUCCCUCAAAACUUGUGACAUUGUGCUGUGUGUUCAAACUGCACAUUUUAGAUUGGCUUUUUACUGUGACCAUCCCAACACACACCUGUGUAGUAACGAUGAUGUUCAAUCAGCAGCUUGAUUUGCCACACCUGUCAGGUGGAGGGGUUAUUCAGGAGAAGGAGAAGAUUUAAACAAAUUUGUGACCAAAAAUUGACAGAAAUGAGCUUUUUGUGUGCAUAAAAAUGUUUUGAGAUCUUAUACAUAUAUUUAUCCUAUUAUAUAUAUUAAAAUAAAAAAAAUCACUUAAGUGCUAAAAUAUGCCUUAAGUUUAAAUUCUUGGCAAGACAAUCAGAGUUGCUGAAUAGAUCAACACUGAAGACAGUCACUGGAGUAUUGGUUCAGUGUCAUUUUGACUAUGCUGCCACCUACUGGUGUAAUAGAGCAUUAAAAAUAAACUCCAGAAUGCACAAAACAAGUAAAUCAAAGUUGUGUUAAAGUUACCUCCCCUGUACCUACAACCUUUGUUGGCUUCCAAGAUGAGACUGACAUGUACAAUUCUUUUAUUUCUGUAGGUAAUUAUAGGAUACUGUAUUUGCACCACAUCUGUUACAGGCAUCACUAACACUGAGGUACAGUAUUGUGUGCUGAGCCUUGAAUCCUGCUCACGUGCCUCUCAAGUUUGAUGGAGAUAACCAAGCUGACAGAGUUCAUGGAGUCAGAGAUUUAUGAAAUAAUCCUCCUCUG